GAAAAUGGCUGUAGUGUUGGAAACAUCUCUCGGAGAUAUAACAAUUGAUUUGUUUGUCGACGAAAGACCAAUAUGUUGCAAGAAUUUUCUGAAGCUGUGUAAAGUGAAAUACUACAAUUUCUCCCUCUUCCAUUCUGUCCAGAGAAAUUUAGUUGCCCAAACAGGAGACCCUUCUGGAACUGGCAGAGGAGGAGAAUCAGUGAAUGGGUUACUGUAUGGGGAACAGGCACGUUACUUUGACAUGGAGAAUGUGCCGAGGAUGAAGCACAAAAAGGCUGGCACUGUCUCCAUGGUAAACAAUGGAGGCAAUAUGCAUGGUUCCCAGUUUUUCCUGACCCUAGGAGAAGAUCUGGAUUACCUAGAUGGGAAGCACACUGUGUUUGGAGAAGUGUCCGAGGGAAUGGAUGUACUUAUGAAGAUUAAUGAAGCUUACUGUGAUGAAGACCAUCGACCAUACCAGGAUAUUAGGAUCUACCACACUGUGAUUCUAGAUGAUCCGUAUGAUGAUCCUUCAGGAUUAGAAGUCCCUGACCGAUCACCAGAACCAACAGAGGAACAGCUGAAGAGUUUGCGCAUUGGGGCAGACGAGGAAAUUGAUGACUUUAAGGGAAUGGAAGAGGACAAGGUGAAAGAGAUCAUGGAGCGUAAAGAAGCCAAAGCUAACGCUCAACUGCUGGAGGUCAUUGGAGAUCUUCCAGACGCAGACGUCAAACCCCCCGACAAUGUCCUUUUUGUCUGUAAACUUAACCCUGUCACCACUGAGGAAGAUCUUGAAAUCAUUUUCUCCAGAUUUGGACCAGUAGAGAGCUGUGAAGUGAUUAAGGAUCAGAAGACAGGAGAAUCACUACAAUAUGCCUUUGUAGAGUUUGAGAAGGAGGAUGACUGUGAACGUGCAUACUUCAAGAUGGAUAACGUCCUCAUAGAUGAUCGUCGUAUACAUGUAGACUUCAGUCAGUCUGUGGCAAAGGUCAAAUGGAAAGGCAAAGGUAAAGGAGUGGAGAAGAUUGGAGACAAAGAUGAUGAAAAAGGGCCAGGUUAUGUUCUUAAGGAUAGAAGUCGUAAGCAGGAUCCUAAAUAUGACCUGGUGUUUGGAGAUAAUGAAGAAGAGGAGCCAAGUAGGAAAAACAAGAAAAAGAAGAAACACAAGCAAAAAGAUGAGCGAAACUACAGUGAUGAAGAUGACAACUUCUCAUCCAAAAAACAGAAAAAACACAAGAAACAGCGGCAUGCUAGUAGAUCUCGCUCCCGAAGUCCAACAGAGAAGAAACGUAAAGUGUACAGGUCUCGCUCCCAAAGUCCAACAGAGGGUAAACAUAGAAGUUACAGAUCCCCAGAUAGAGGAAGAGGAGACAGAUAUGGGGACAGACGAGACAGGUCACCCAAGAGAGACAAACAUCGGGAAAGAUCACCAGACAGACAUAGAGACAGAUCACCAGACAGACAUCGAGAGAGACACUCGGACUCGCGUUACAGAUCAGACAAACACAGAAGAUGACAUCACCUUGCUUUGUAUGGUGUGAAAAUUCUGUCAUCAUUGGUGAUGCUUAACUGCUGCUAAUGAUGUUGCUCAGGGAAUGGGAUGUUCAGAGAGAAAAAGCAUUAUAGAGUACAAGGUUUUAAGGUGAUUUCACAGGGAAAGAAAACCUUUUAUAGACCUUGGAAUAAGUGCCUAGGAUUCACAAAUGUAGCAUUUGUCUACUGUCUUAAGAACUUCUGUGACAAUAAAUAUCAUUUUUAAACAAAAAGAACCUUAUACUUCACAUGUUGAUCAACUAUUGUUUUCCAAAAAGGCCAUAUUUUUGCAAUAAAAUACUUUUGGAAUUAUA